AUGGGCAAUCUCUGGUUUCGGUCUCGCAUCUGUCCGGUGUUGCUGUCCACCACUGCCCGUUGUUGCUCGCCACCAGCCGUCACUUGCAGCCUUCGGCCACCGUCGCCGACCACCUUCUCUGGCCACCGUCUCCGGCCACCGUCGCCGGCACCGUCUCCGGCCACUGUCUCUGGUCGUCGUCUCCGGCCACCGUCUCCGACAACCGUCUCCGGUCGUCGUCUCCGGCCACCGUCUCAAGCCACCGCCGCCGGCACCAUCUCCGGCCACCAUCUCCGGUUGUCGUCUCCGGCCACCGUCUUCGGCCACCGCCGCCGACAUCGUCUCCAGCCACCGUCUUUGGCCGUCAUCUCCGGCCACCGUCUCCGGCCAUCAUCUCCGACCGUCGUUUCUGGCCACCGUCUCCGGCCACUGUCUCCGGCACCGCCGCCGGCCACCGUCUCCAGCCGUCAUUUCCGCCGUUCGUCGUGA